AUGAACAUUGUUAAAAUUCAGCCCAGUCUCAGAACAACACCGACAACAUCUUUGACAACUGGUACAACUGAGUCCACCUCCAGUUCCACAACAGAAACACCAACAACUACAUCAACAACUGAGACCACUACCAGUACUACAUCAGGAACAACACCAACAACAUCUUUGACAACUGGCACAACUGAGUCCACCACCAGUUCCACAACAGAAAUAACUCCAUCAACAUCUGGGACCACCACUACAUCAGAAACGACACCAACAACUGAGACCACAACCAGCACUACAUCAGGAACAACACCAACAACAUCUUUGACAACUGGCUCAACUGAGUCCACCACCGGUUCCACAACAGAAACAACUACAUCAACAUCUGGGACCACCACCAUUACUACACCAGAAACAACAGCAACAACAUCAUCAACUGAGGCCACUACCAGCACUAAACCAGGAUGCACAGACUACUCAGGAAACUUCAGAAAUAAUGGUGAUGAAUGGUCUGAUCAAAAUAAUACAUGUAUUUACUACAGAUGUUCAGGAGACAUGGUGAUAGAGACAGAAAUAACAUGCUUUUAUAAUUCAACCUGUGAUGAGAUUGACAAAAAAUGGGAUGACCGUCACUGUUGCUAUUACUGCCCUCAGCGAGUGACACAAUGUAAAGUUCAACCAAAAUCGCUUACAAUCAUUAAGGAUAACUGUACUGCAACAGUUGAACUUAAUUCAUGUCAAGGAAAUUGCAAAUCAUUUUCCAUGUUUGACUACACAAUAGGUAAAAUGAAACACAACUGUGAGUGCUGCGAAGAACAAACGACUGAAACAAAGGAAGUAACAUUGGCGUGUGGUAAUGGAUCGAGUAAACAGUACUCGUAUAUUUCUGCAAAAACAUGUCAGUGCUCUAUUUGUGAAAAUAGUGCUCCGUGAAAUGGAAUUUUAAACUGAAUGCCAAUUUUUACUUGGUAACCUCUGUUUGAUUUAUUUUAAGCAAACAUUACUUGGUGAUGUUUGAAAAAUCCGAAGUGUCUUUUAUUCCUAACUACAUGGCUUUUCACAAUAUAUCUUUCCUCCAAAUGAUCAUUCAAUGCAAAACUAAAA